AUCAAUUUUUAUUUUUUUUUCUAAUUUAUGAGAUUAAUUUAAAUUUUAUUAAAUUGUUUGCAGCAUUUUGAAAAGUGAAUUUUGGUAAUAGAAAGAUGCCAGACACCCAAGCUCUCGUCAAUGAUUUUCUUAACAAGCUCAAAAAACGGUGAAGUCCAGGCAACAGCAAAGCAGACGCGGAACUGCUUCGGUCUGUGAUUUCUCAGACACUGCCUUAUACGAACCAGGCUGGCUUGAUUGAUUCCGUCAAGGCCGUUGGAGAACGGUUAAUUGCUGCAAAUCCUGUCGAGCUUGCGGUGGGUAAUAUUGUCAGGCGUGUUUUGCACAUUAUCAGAGAGGAGGAUCUUUCUCUGACAACAGCUGCCAUGGCUGGAUUGAACUUAUCAGCCGUAAGUGAUGAUGAAGAUGAUGCUGAUCGAGAUGACCGCCCAGUACUAUCAGCCGCUGCUGUUGCUGCUGCCUCUAGAAGCACCUUGCGUCCACCUUCCCUGCAGACACUACUUGAGGAUGUGCCUGAUUCUGCAGCAGUUCCUCAUACUUCUUCUUCUGGUGGAGAUUCUGAAGGAAAAAGCAAAUCUGCUGACAAAAGUUCAAGAAGCCGGAAGCUGAAGCAUGAUGUCAUUGAAGCAGUCAAUGAGCUUAUUCAAGACAUUAAUACUUGCCAUGAACAGAUUGCUGAGCAAGCAGUAGAGCAUAUACAUCAGAAUGAGGUAAUAUUAACCUUAGGCAGUUCAAGAACCGUGCUGGAAUUUCUUUGUGCUGCAAAAGAGAAGAAAAGAUCAUUUCGGGUAUUUGUUGCGGAGGGUGCUCCAAGGUAUCAAGGGCAUCUUCUUGCAAAAGAGUUGGUCUCAAGAGGUUUACAGACCACACUGAUUACUGACUCUGCAGUUUUUGCCAUGAUUUCUCGAGUAAACAUGGUUAUUGUUGGAGCUCAUGCUGUCAUGGCUAAUGGUGGAGUCAUAGCACCUGUUGGGUUGAACAUGGUUGCACUUGCUGCUCAAAAGCAUGCUGUCCCAUUUGUUGUACUCGCUGGCAGUCACAAGUUAUGCCCCUUGUAUCCACACAAUCCUGAAGUGUUACUGAAUGAGUUGCGGUCCCCAUCUGAGUUGCUGGAUUUUGGAGAAUUCUCAGAUUGCAUGGACUUUGGAAGCGGCAAUGGUGCCCCUCUUCUUCAUGUCGUCAAUCCAACAUUUGAUUAUGUGCCACCAAAGCUUGUUAGUCUCUUUGUUACUGACACUGGAGGGCAUAAUCCAUCAUACAUGUACCGGCUCAUUGCAGAUUAUUACUCUGCUGAUGAUCUAGUAGUGCAACGAAGACCUACUUCAGGGAAUUAAGUUUAUAGUACUCAGAUAUACUGCUCAACUUUCAGAUUAUUUGUGAUGCCUGAACGUGGAGAUAUGAAGUUAAAGUCAGAGAUUAUCAAACUGCACCGAGCAUCAUUACUGCUGAAACCAUCGUUAUGACUUUGUGGAAUCAACUUCUGCAAACUUGAGAGAAACGAAAGAAAGCCAUUAUUGUGAUUAUGAAGAAUUAUAGGGCUAGGAAGUAGAAAUGUAGUGGCAGAAACAGCGAAAUCAAGUGAAGGUAAUUUUUGUCUCCCAUUGUAUCAUGUAUCAAAAAUCAUUCAUGGUCUACUGUUGUAUGACAUUUGGCUUGAAACUUGAUAGUGGGGAUAUAUUUCUGUAUUGAAUUUACUUGGAAAAUCACAGAAAUUCCGAAUAACAUCGAUAUAUAGCUGCAGGGACUGUGAGUGAAUGAAGUAGACCUUUUUUCUUUUAUGAAGAACAGGAUGAUGAGGAGAAAGCUAGGAUGGUGUGACAUUUCACCAACAAAAAGAUUUAGAUGAGUGCAACUUGUAUUGAAGUUAUCUUAUUUGAACCCUACAUUUUGUGAUGAUUUUGAUUACCAAA